GUCAGAAGGAGAAGAAGAGGAGAGAGGCAAAGACCCAGAAAGGCAGAGGGAAAGACAGGGGUGGGGUGCUUGGAUGUUCAUGAACAUGCCGAGAGGAGAGCGUGUGGAUGAGCGAUGACAGCCAUGCUAAGCCCAAAGAUCAGACAGACCAGGAGAGCCAGGUCCAAGAGCAUGGUGAUGGGCGAGGUGUCGCGGGGUCCGUGCCGUCCGGCCUCCCCCAGCCUCCAGGAGGGGGCGCUGAAGGCUGGUUGGCUGAAGAAGCAGCGCAGUAUCAUGAAGAACUGGCAGCUUCGCUGGUUUGUGCUGCGCUCAGACCAGCUCUUCUUCUACAAAGACGAGGAAGAAACCAAACCACAGGGCUGUAUACUUCUGCAGGGAUGCCAGGUCAACGAGCUCACAGCUAAUCCGGACGAACCAGGAAGACACCUUUUUGAGAUUGUACCAGGUGGGACAGGAGAGAAGGACCGGGCGCCGAUCAGCCAUGAAUCCUUCCUGCUCAUGGCAAACUCCCAGACAGACAUGGAUGACUGGGUCAAAGCCAUACGGCGGGUCAUCUGGGCGCCAUUUGGUGGAGGGAUAUUUGGACAGCGUUUGGAGGACACAGUGCAGUAUGAGAAGAAGUUUGGCCCCCGGCUGGCCCCCCUGCUGGUGGAGCAGUGUGUGGACUUCAUCAGGGAGAGAGGUUUAGACGAGGAGGGUCUCUUUCGGAUGCCAGGGCAGGCCAACCUGGUCAAAGAGCUGCAGGAGGCCUUCGACUGCGGCGACAAGCCUCUGUUUGACAGUAAUACAGACAUCCACACGGUGGCAUCCUUGCUAAAGCUGUACCUGCGAGAGCUGCCAGAACCGGUCAUUCCCUUCUCCAAAUAUGAAGACUUCCUAACGUGCGCACAGCUUUUGGCCAAAGAUGAGGAGGAGGGGGUCCAGGAGCUUGGAAAUCAAGUUAGCACUCUACCUCUACCCAACUACAAUCUUCUCAAGUAUAUAUGCAAAUUCCUUGAUGAGGUCCAGUCCCACUGUACUGAGAACAAGAUGAGUGUCCAGAACCUCGCCACAGUAUUUGGACCAAAUAUCCUUCGACCCAAGAUGGAGGACCCAGUCACUAUCAUGGAAGGCACCUCUCUGGUCCAGCACCUGAUGACAAUCCUCAUUAGGGAACACAACCGUUUGUACUCAGGGAGGGAGCAGGAGGGACCCGUUUUACCCCAAACAGAGCUCCCUCUCCAGGGUCAUCAGCUCCAGCAUCGCAGCCUGGGAGCCUGGAUCUCAGAGGAAGACCUACAGAGCUGCUCAGUCUCGGUCCCCGACCAAGAACUACACAGCAGCGCCUCAUCUCUGGAUGCCAAACUGUGUGCAGCCAUCACUCCCACCCAGACACCUAACCUGAACCCUGGACCAAAACUGGGGUCUCCAUCUGGGAAAGGGGAGACGGUGGUCAGUCCGAGUAAACAAGCAAAGGCCAUUCCCUCCUGGAAAUAUACUUUUAAGAGCUCCUCGGCGCCUCGUUCCCAGCCGCAAGCCAAGCAAAGCAGCAGUGGCGGCUCUGUGGCUGAAAUCACUAGUGUAUCAUCUGGUGGCGGAGGGGGAGGUGGAAGUGGAGGUAACUGGCUCAUAAACGGUUUGUCCUCCUUGAGGGGACACCGGCGCACGUCGUCAGGUGAGCGUUCUGCUCGUGAUCGUGACUCAUCCGGCUCCUCGCAGAGACUGUCCACCUACGACAAUGUCACCUCUUCCUCCAGCAUGGGGAGCGUUCCAAGUGUAGCCAGCACACCUUGGUCCACUUCCUCCUGUGAAAUCUCCGUCCCUGACUCAGGAAGUGAGCCCUCGGUGAGCCAGAACUGCGGAGCAGUGGGUGAAAGUGGGGAAAAGGGGGAAUGGAUGGAGAGCCGGAAAGAGAUUGACAGAGGAAGGGUGGGAGGGAUGACGACAGACCCGAGCUCUGAGCAGGACAGUUGUGAGGCCAUGGAGCUGUGCAGCAGCAGCGCAGCCUGCAGCGAGAAUGGAAACAUGGCUGUGGCAGCCAGGGUGCCGUCCAUUGUCAUGUCUGAGGAUGGAGACGGGACUAAUCUAACAUUGAGCACUCUGGUGGAAGGACUGAAGGACGAGUUGAGGAAACAGAAGACCGCAUAUGAGUCCAGAAUCCAAAAACUGGAGCAGUCGAGUGCUGCUCUGAGUGCACAGAUGGAGCGUUUGGAACAAGAGAUGGAGCAGGAAAGGAAGAAGCAACGCAUGCUGGAGAUCAAACUACGAAACUCGGAACGGGCACGGGAGGAUGCAGAGAACCGCAACCGGCUUCUAGAGAAAGAAAUGGAGGAUUUCUUUUCCACACUGGGAGAUCUGGCCCUGGGUGCAAGGACUAGUGACAUUUGAUAUGCCAAAGCCACUUUGUCAGUGGCCAAAAUUGUCAGGGUUUAUAUUUCAAUUGUUGGGUGUCUUUCAAGGGCUUGCGCCCUCUUUGGUGCAUGAGGGUAGUCCUUCAAAAGAAUAAUAAUAUUUGUGUACAUUUAAACCCAAAAGAAAAUGGAAUAUGGAGAUGACAGAGGAAAUUCUUAAGGAAGCAAAUAUCAAAUUGGGACUGUCUGUGUGGUCCUUGUCAGAAUCAUGUCCAGUGAGCACUGAGGGGUGUUUGGCUUUCUUACGCAUGCUUGAAAUGGAACAUUAAGAUAAAAAGAUGGCGCUUUAGUGAUUACACUCUCUUAAUGAGUCCAGGGUUUGUCUUGUCAAGGCAGUAUUUUGACAGUUCAGGUGCCUGACUAGUGGAACAUAAAGUAAUUUCUCUGACAUUCUCUAUACUGGAGAGCACUGACUUCUUCAACCACUACUUUACAAGGACAUUAUGUGAAUGAAUUUCUUUCUGAGGCUGCAAUACUUGUUAGAGAUGUUAAUGUUACAUGCAGACAGCUGACUGAUAUUUAUCUUUAUCUAAUACUUAUCUUGAAGUAAUAGUGCUGCUGCAUUUUGGGAAAUAUACUUAUUUGCUUUGUUGCCAAGAGUUAGAUGAAAAGUUUGAUCCUACUCUCAUGUCUGUAGGACACAGGUGUCAUUUACACUGGGGAUGCUGGGGACAGGUCCCCACCACUUUUUAAAGCAUAAUUUGUUUAAAAAAAAAACAGGUUCUGAAAUAUAGCUUGAAGUUAAAUAGCAAAUGAAAAUGC